ACGUUAUUAGCUGUCAAGUCGCGGUGGACAACAGAUCGCUCGUGGAGGUAUGCCAGGCCGCACGCUACGUCAUGCAGGAUGGAACACUUCAGACUUAAAGGAAUAAAUGGCUUGGACGAACGAGGCGGGGGCCGCUGGGGUUCGAGCAAGUCGUGAAGACUUGUCAGCAGUCGUUCCAUGACGAUGGCUGGCAGUCGCGAGCCGGGAAAGAAAGCGACUCCCAGAAACUGGACGAUGUUCGGGUGGCGGAGGGUGCUCAUCAGCUGGCAUUCCUCCAAAAAUUCUCGGUGGUCACCUCGAUCCGAAUCUCUUCAUGGAUCUUUUUGGCGGCGCAGAUGGCUCCAGGCACGGCCACCUCCUCCACGCUGCCAUAGGCUCCGGCGCCGAUUCCGAUGCCAGUGAGUCGCACGUUGGAGAGGACGAACUGUUUCAAAGUAGGAUACUGUUCAAGAACGUCCUCGGCUGCCAUCUUUACUCUCGGUCACACCCUAAAACUGGUAUUGUCUUUUCUUGGUCCUCCGAGUGACAGUUUCUG